GAUGCAGGACAGGUUCAUUUCCAGUACUCUACAUAGCUAGCUAUUUUGGCAACUGAAGAUAAAAACAACACAAUUCUGUUAACAAAAGGUGGCGAGUUAAAUAAAAUAAAAAUAAAAACGAAAAGGACACCGCAGAGAAGCUGGAGCAAGUAAGUGUUCAGGCAACUUGUCCAUUCAUCUAUCCAUCGACAUAAAUGUACCGUGGUUACAUUUUUUUGGGAGAAGAAGCCCCCCUUCCCUUCCUCCUUCCCCCUUCCCUCUCCUCCCUAUUAUUCAGAACGAGAGCACCAGGUCCAGGACGGAAGGUGAAGGCCGAUGAACGGGCAGUCUGCUGCUCACAACACCACACAGACCGGAGAGACACAGUAGAUCUUGCACCAGUCUGUGCUGGCGAGUCCCAGAGGUCUGGCGGAGGAAACUUCUGAUCCACCCAUCCCUGACAUGCCAUCACUCCCCAACGACGGAGAUGAUCAAAAGUCGUCCCCCGUGAACUUACCAUCUGCACUGUCCAAUCAGAAUGGUGUCAAGAGAAAAGUGCGCACUAAGAAGAAGAAGGGCGUCAUCGCUGCCAAUGUGGCAGGAACAAAAUAUGAGAUUGUUCGUAUAGUCAUUGGGGAGAUGGCCUUCCACAAAACCAGAGAUGAGGACGAAACAGCCAACCUCAUCUGGAACGACUCGGCCGUACAGCAUGAGAAAAUCGCAGAGCUCAGGAACUACCAGAGAAUUAACCACUUCCCGGGAAUGGGAGAGAUCUGUCGAAAAGACUGUCUGGCAAGAAACAUGUCCAAGAUGAUUAAAAGCCAGCCUCAGGAAUACAGCUUCAUUCCCAAAACCUGGAUCUUCCCGGCGGAGUACACUCAGUUCCAGAACUACGUGAAGGAGCUGAGACGCAAACGGAAGCAAAAGACGUUCAUCGUCAAGCCCGCAAACGGAGCAAUGGGUCAUGGUAUAUCUUUGAUUCGGAAUUGCGAAAAACUCCCAGCACAAGACCACUUCAUUGUGCAGGAGUACUUGGACAAGCCCUUUUUAAUGGAGGGCUACAAGUUUGACCUGCGCAUUUACAUCCUGGUCACCUCCUGCGACCCUCUGAGGAUCUUCCUCUACAAUGACGGCUUGGUGCGGAUGGGAACCGAGAAGUAUCAUACGCCUAAUGAGUCCAAUCUGAGUCAGCUAUACAUGCACCUGACGAAUUACUCUGUAAACAAACACAACGAGAAUUUUGAGCGUGAUGAGACCGUGGAUAAAGGCAGCAAGAGAUCCAUUGGCUGGUUCACUGAAUUUCUCCGCAUCAACAACUACGAUGUCGCCAAAUUCUGGGGCGACGUUUCGGAGCUGGUGGUGAAGACUCUGAUUGUGGCCGAGCCUCAUGUGCUCCAUGCGUACCGCAUGUGCCGCCCUGGACAACCGACAGGGAGCGACAGUGUCUGCUUCGAGGUCCUCGGCUUUGACAUCAUCCUUGACCGCAAGCUGAAGCCGUGGCUGCUGGAGAUCAAUCGAGCUCCGAGUUUUGGGACAGAUCAGAAGAUUGAUUAUGAAGUGAAGAGAGGGGUCUUGCUCAAUGCCCUGAAACUGCUGAACAUCAGAGCGAGCGAUAAGCGCCGAAACCUGGCUCAGCAGAAGGCCGAGGCACAACGACGCCUCUAUGGCCAGGGCACCAUGAAGAAACUUUCAGCAGGUUCAUCCGAGUGGGAAAAGCAGCGCCUCACCCUGGAGCGGAGGAAAGAGGAACUGAAAGAGAGGCUGGCCCAGGUUCGCAAGCAGAUCUCCAGGGAGGAGUACGAAAAGCGUCAUCUGGGGAACUACAGACGUAUUUACCCCCCAGAUGACAAGCUGCUCUUGGAGAAGUAUGAGGGCCUCCUCUCGGUUGCCUUUCAGACGUUCCUUGCUGGGCGAGCAGCCUCACUUCAAAAAGAAAUGAAUAAUCCUCUGAAACGAAUGAAGGAAGAGGACAUCUUGGAUCUGCUGGAGCAGUGCGAGUUGGAUGAUGAGAAGUUGAUGGGAAAGACAUCCAGGCAGAGAGGAGUGAAGGCCUUGUCCUCCAUGCCCGAGAGCGCCCAGAUGCCUAGGAGGCACAGGGACUACGAAGACAGCUCGGGCAGCUGCAACAGUAGCAGAACGUCAUGCUCAAACACUGAUGAAGAGGAAGAGAGCACCAACGACCUCCAAGAAAAGAAGGUCUCCAUUGAGGUUGGGGAGAGCAGACAGAAAACCUCUGAGCGUUCCAGCCGUGUGCACUGGAAGCCUGCUCCCAAACCAGAGAAAUUGGGCUCAGUAUCCUCACCAUCGCUGUCAGGACUCAUCCGCCGCUCUGUGUCAUGCCCGCGCUCCAUCUCUUCUUUGAGUGGACAGUCACCCAGCAGUGACGGUAGAGGCACCUCGAACAAGAGUUUGCCACAGAUGGGAAGCACUAGUGUGGCAUCAGCCCAUGCAGGAGCUUUGGCUCCGCCAACGUCGUUGGUUCGACCGCACACAGCUCUGCGCUCACACUCUCUCAGCCGCAACAUCUCUGCCCACAGAAUGCCCCACAGCAGCAGCCUGGGCACUAUCCACUCCACCACGGGAGAGUCCCUGCUGAAUGCGAGGAGCAAGGAGCAGGAGGCGGAGCUGACGCGGCAGACGCUGGCUGCGCUGGGGGAGUUACGCAUCCGAUUCCCAGGGAAGAGCGAGGAGGAAGCGGAGGCCGUGCUGGACGAGAUUUUAAACAACUGGAAAUAUCAUAAACCAAAAGUGGCUUCUUAUUGGCUCGUGAAGUUAGAUGCCACCAAACAAAGAAAGGUCCUGGACAUUGUCCGCACCAAUGUUCGUUCAUUGCUCCAGAGGAUCUGGAGGGAGCCUGACAUCGACAGUUUACGUCUCUACCGCCUUUUUAACCGCGUCUUCAGUCGCCUGCUCUGGAGCCAUGGUCAAGGCCUGUGGAACUGUUUCUGCAGCUCUGGCAGGUCAUCGUGGGAGAGCAUCUUCAGCAAGAGCAGCGAGGUGGUGACGCCGCAGGAGUUGCAGUGCUGCCAGCGCUUGGUGCAGCUGUGCCGUGACUGCCUGCUGGUGGUUUACAAGUUCGUAGUGGAGUCGCGUGGGUCGCUGACCGGCCUGAGCCCGGAGUGGGAUGAUCCCAGGUAUCUGGUGCCAGUGACCUCCCAGUUCAUCAUCAAGUGGCCUUCCUCCAGCUCGAGCCGGAACGUGGCCUCUCGCAGUCUUUUCACCACCCGCAUGGGCCACUUCUAAUCCACCCUGGACACUCGCCGCCUCCUGGGGAGGAAAGGAGCACAGAUCCCUCUGCUAAACCCCUCUUUGGGGACACGCUGACUCUGGAAGCAUGCAAAAAGGGAUUUUGCCAGUCCGCUUUUUUAGAUAUAGUCGUUGGCGCAUCAGAGGCAGACAUUUAGGCAGUCCCUCCCAUGAGUUCGGCUUGUGCCCAUGGAUCUCAUCUCA